AUGUGGAUUUAUGAGCAGAUGCAGCAGAAACACGUGAAGAUAGACCGGCGCAGGAACUCGUGCUGGGACGCCUGCCGUCUGAUCGUCCUCACGUUCUGCGAUCGACUCGUGACGUUCGUCGAUACUUCAGAAACGCUUGGUCAUCCCGCAGCGUCUUUCAAAAUGGCCGAGGAGUUUGAUGAUGAUUUCCAAGACAACUCAGAUUCGGGAAGCGAACUCGAUGAGGAGGCCAUAAGCGAAGAUGAUGGAAUUGCCAUGGAACAAGAAGAUACGAGUCGUGAAGUCCUCAAAGAAACACCAAAUUUGGAGGCCAAGGUCAUGACGGUUGAGGAUCUUGCCCGCGAGAUGAAUGACAUCAUAGAAGAAGUGUCGGCGAUCUUGAGAAUUGGUCAUGGCCAUUGCCGUAUACUUCUUCAUAAAUUUAACUGGAAUAAGGAAAGCUUGCUGGAGAGGUAUUAUGAAAAUCCGGACACUGACGCUUUUCUGAGGAAAGCCCAAGUUUUACCUCGUAAAGCUGCACCACCUCCAGUGUCGUCCGUUGGUGAAUGCGAAAUUUGCUGCAACACUGCCCCGCUUGGCGGUUUGGACUGCUAUCAUUGGGCAUGUUCAUGUUGCUGGCAAAUGUAUCUCAAUACCAAAAUCAUGAAUGAUUCUACCAGUGAGAUUCAGUGCAUAUUCAACGGCUGUCAGUUGCUUGUACAAGAUGAGAAAGUCAUGCAAUAUAUCAAAAGCGAAGCAGUUCGUAGUGCCUAUCAACGUUUGAAAAUCAACAGCUUCGUGGAAGGAAACCGUCUUCUAAAAUGGUGUCCUGGUCUCGACUGCGGAAAGGCGCUCAAGGUUGAGGUCGGUUACUCGGAGCCUCGUCCUGUUGUAUGCUCCUGUGGAAUGCGAUUUUGCUUUGGAUGCGCUCAUGAAUGGCAUGAACCAGUCAACUGUCGGCUGUUGAAACUUUGGUUGAAAAAGUGCAGUGAUGAUUCAGAAACUAGCAACUGGAUCAACGCCAAUACUAAGGAGUGUCCUAAGUGUCAGGUUACCAUUGAAAAAGACGGUGGUUGCAACCAUAUGGUUUGCAAAAACACUGCUUGUCGCAUGGAGUUCUGUUGGAUCUGUUUGGGACCAUGGGAACCGCACGGAAGCAGCUGGUAUAAUUGCAAUAGGUACGACGACUCUCGCGCUAAGCAAGCGAGGGAUGCACAGGAGCUUUCCCGGGCAAAUCUUCAACGUUACCUACAUUAUUACAACCGGUUUAUGAAUCAUCAACAGAGCUUAAAGCUUGAAAACAAGCUGUACACUACCGUGAAAGGAAAGAUGGAAUUGAUGCAGGCGCAUAUGUCAUGGAUUGAAGUCCAAUUUCUGCGUAAAGCUGUAGAUGUUCUAUCUGAGUGUCGCAGAACACUCAUGUACACUUAUGCCUUCGCCUAUUACCUUAAAAGAGAUAAUCAUGCCGAAAUUUUUGAAGGAAAUCAGCGGGAUCUUGAGAUGGCGACGGAGCAGUUAUCACAAUUUCUUGAACGUGAUUUGGAAAACGAAAAUCUAGUCACUUUGAAACAGAAGGUACAGGACAAUUACCGUUACGUAGAUCAGCGACGUCUAGUCUUGCUUAAACAUUGUCAAGAAGGAACUGAGCGAGAUAUCUGGCAAUACACUGCAUGAGUCACCUGCUGCUUGGUACUCACCUGCUCAGGGAGGUGCAAGUGAUUCAUUUCCCAUGUGUGACUCCUAACAAUGUAUUCGUUUCAUUUGAGCGAAAUAUAGCUGAGAUAUCCAAGAAAUCGUAAUAUUCAU